AUGCGAAAGAUAAGAUAUGGGAGGUGGGGUCCUAUGGAAGCAGAAGAGAAAAGGAAAAAAGAUGAGGAACUUGAGAAACAAAAACAGCUUGAGGAAGAAUCUGCCAAGGAGGAUGCUGAUUCAAAGCUUUCGAACGUUUUAGACAGGCUAGAUACACUAGAAGGUGUCGUUAAGGAAAUUGUGGAUGACAAAAGGAAACUCUAG